AUGCUGGGAACUCUAGACAAAAGACAAUCUGUUGAAAUAACACAAUUCGAAAGAAAGGCGUUACUAAGGAAAUAUUGCAGAGAGCAUUUUGACAAAAAGACGGUGUUUCCACCGAAAUCACGCUUUGUUGUCAGUGAAAAGUACAAGUUGUUGUAUUGCCAAGUGUUUAAAACCGGAAGCACCACGACGUUAACCAUUUUACACAACCUUGAACAUGGGGAGGAAAGAUCGACCAAGGAGAUGAGAGACAAGCUGGACACGUUGCCCUUCAAACGGCUAAACGAUUAUACUAAUAAGGAGGUCCGUAACAUCUUGGAAACAUACACCAAACUUCUUAUUACUCGUAACCCGUUAGAGAGACUGGCCUCAGCAUGGCGACACAAGUUUGUAGAUGUCCCGCUGCGGUUCUGGUUCAGGAAAGAAUAUCACUCCAUGUUGGAGACAAUUUCUUUAAACACGUCGAUUCCAAAGCCACACAUCAAUACAUCAAAUAAAAAAGAUAUCGGCAAUGAAACAUAUCCUAUUGUUCCAUUCCUGGCCUUCAUCAAAGCGGUGGGAACUAACAGAACUGACUGGCAAAAUCCUCAUUGGGAACAAAUAUCCGAUCUCUGUGCUCCAUGUCAGAUUGCCUACGACUUCAUAGCUCACACGGAGACCUUGGCGGAGGACUUCCCUCUUUUCUUCAAAACCGCUAGAAUAACUGGCAAAGACAACCUUCUCCCAGAUGUGAGACAAAGAAAAAGUGAGAAACUGUUCUCAGACUUUUACAGGCCGGUCUCGAUUGAAGACCUUCGACGGGUCAAGGAAAAGUUCAAGAAGGACUAUGAUAUGUUUGGAUACUCUUUUAAUGAUGAUAUUAAAGGGAUGUUCUAGUAGUUGUGUCCAGGAAAGCAGAAAAAUAUAUUUAAACCUACUAUCACUUAAGGUCAACAACACAAAGAUUGACAAGUUGAUAAUUAAUAAACAUUGCCUUCCUUUACGUAGAACUGAAGAGGUUUUAGGCAACCAUGGUAAGAAGGAAAAUACAACAUAAUUCAAUCUUACUUAGUUAGUGAGCAUAUUUUCUUAAUUGAUAUAGCAUAACAACUUGGUGUCUAGUGGAACAUAAACUUGAUAUCUUUCAUAUAAAGUAGGUAUAUAUCUAUUCGUGUUAAAUAUAGCAGUGUGAAUCCAUAUUAUUUAAACCUAUUUUUUUCUAAGGUCACGUUCCUUUAAUUAAGAUCCCUUUAACAAUGCACGAACGUCGUAAUUAUGCAAGAGUGUUGUCAUCAUCUCUGUUGUUAUUGUUUUGUACACUCGGCUCAGAUUCUAUCAAAUAUGUAAACUUUUAGAGCAAAUGUCUGUAAGAGUCAAACAAUGGUGGCACCGGUCAAAAAUUUGAUUUGGCUCAUUUUUGCACAGUGAUAGUACUUGGUACAUAACCCUUCAAAAUAGCUUUCUAUUUGCUCGAAACCCCCCGUUGCCAUGGCAACGGGCCAAAGAAGUUUUCAGGCCAUUUGUCCAGAUUUUGGCAUGUAGAAAACAUGGAAAUUGGCUAAAUUCAGGGCAAUAGAACUUAUCAGUGCUUUAGAAUAACGACAAGAGCAAAUUGUACUGACCAGAGCAAUGCCUAAACUUGUAUGAUUUAGCAGUAAAGUCAAUGUUCAGUAAAAUCUGAGGUCUCGGGCCCUCUGAAUACAAUACACAGUUUUAAUGGUGUAAAAAAGUUGAAAUUUUGCCCAAUUUUGAAGCACUGUAAGUCCCCAAAGGGAAGAAUGUUUUGCUUGAAAUUUACACUGCUUAAUGAACCACUACAGAGGUAUCAGAUGAAUGCUUGCAAAGUUUGGGUUCUUGUUUCGUUGCUACGCACUUGUCCUUUAAAGUGGGUCAGUUUUCAUUAUUUUGAUAAUAUGUCAUUUUGUCCUAUCUUUGAACUGUCAAAUAUUCCAAACCAAAUUGGUUCUGUACUUCAAAUUUAUAUGUAAUGUAAAACAAUAUAUAGUCUAUAGAAUGCAUACUUGCAAAGUUUGGGUUCUUGUUUCGUUGCUACGCACUCGUCCUUUAAAGUGGGUCAGUUUUCAUUAUUUUGAUAAUAUUUCAUUUUGUGCUAUUUUUGAACUGUCAUAAGUUCCAAACCAAAAUGGUUCUGUAUUUGAAAUUUAUAUAUAAUAUAGAAAAAUAUGUAGUCUAUGGAAUGCAUACUUGCAAACUUUGGAUUCUUGUUUCGUUGCUACGCACUUGUCCUUUAAAGUAGGUCAGUUUUUAUUAUCUUGAUAAUAUGUCAUUUUGUUCUAUCUUUGAACUGUCAUAAGUACCAAACUAAAAUAUUUCUGUACUUGAAUUUUACAUUCAUUUAUAUUUUUUAGAAAUUUUAAGAUUGAUGAUUCAAGAUGGCAAAUAGUUUAAUAUGCAUGACGUCAUUUUUGACGUCACUGGUGUUGCUAUGGGCAACAUAAGUCUUAGUACACCCUAAUAUUCUAUCUGUAAACACUUUUUGUUAAAGUCACGUUGUAUACCAUUUGGUUUUUAGGGAAUAUUCUAUCUGUACGGUUUUGGCCAAUAAAAUCACAUUAAUGACGUCAUAGUAACGUCAUAUUACGUGAU